AUGCUACCACAUUCAGAAGCUACUUUUAAACCACAAAUCGACCAUCACGUCGCCAUAGCCCCAAACGUUCCCCUACAACUCAGAGUCAACACCCACACCCCGCGCCAUAUGUAUGAAGACCUUCAAUAUGCUUGGCUCGAAGUACAGGAAUGGAUUGAGCAUCAAUUUCAAAAAAUAUCGGCCACGAAUCCUGGGAUGAAUACAUCGAGCUGGGCGCUUUCGGGGUGGAAGACAGGAGUCACAGCUGUCACAGCUGUGGGCAACACGGGAGUCGUGGCUGUCACAACUGUAUGGAACACAGGGGUCACGCUUUCGGGGUGGAAGACAGGAGUCACAGCUGUCACAGCUGUGGGCAACAUGGGAGUCGUGGCUGUCACAAUUGUAUGGAACACAGGGGUCACAGCUGUCGCAGCUAGCAGGUCAUCGGUUUUGAGCCUAGUCGAUGCCUGUAAUACCAAUUAUCGUUAUCUCAAUGCAGCUCGAGAAUACGAACGACGCCUCCAUCAAAAUCUGCAGACAGUCGACUUGCAGACAACCGACUUCAAUCAGAAUACGCAUGAGACCACUCUCGGCAUCCUUCCUACGCGUCAAACUACCAUCAACGCUAUUGCAGCGCUGGCAGAGAUAAAUCCUGAAGAGGUAUCUCAAAUCGCGCUUUAUCUGGAGAAGCCUGUGCGAGGGGUAGAGCGAUUCAGAUACGUGGAGGUCCCCAGCUAUCUAACAAUGGUGCCUAAUCUGUGGCAGCAGAUUACGCCUUUAGUAUGGGCGCAAGCUCUCUACGGGCAGAUCAAAACAGGCUUGUUCAUGUUAGUGUCUGCGAUGGGGGUCCUGGCUGCAGUCUUUCUUGCCCGCUUGGAUAUCAGGAUUCUUCGUUUUGUGGAAGGGUUGUUGGUUGUUGCGCUAGCAUAUUUCUAUCUAGUUAUAGAGUAG